UUUUUUCUGUAAACAUUAUGACGUCAUAUAUAGUAUCAUAUAUAGUUUCAUAAAAGUCUAACACAGAAAGUCACAUAAAUAUAGCUCCUGGAAAAAUUGGAUAUUUCAACAAAAAUAAGCAAUAUUGGAUAGGAAUUUAUACAUAGGAGGAAUUAUGAACAUUCAGUGAUCACAGUGAGCUAGUUUCUGAGCUUCAAAAAUAAGUACUUAAAAAGAAUUUUGAACAAACUUUCUGGAAAUAUUUUGAUGAAGUAUUUCAUUUUUAUAAACUGAAGCAGUGUGGAAGUUGGCUGAUAGUUAAUUAUUGAUCUUGAACUUACACUGAACCUGGAAUUAGGCUAUUAACAGCCAGUUAUUGGCUUAGUAUGGCCACUAACAUUGUAACUAACAGGAAUGGAAGUACUACAGACCCUGUUUUGAGCCAAUUGUUUGGAAAUGACUCAUUCAACAUUAGUGACUCUACCCAGAACACAAAUGCCAUUCAGGGACCAUCUCAAAAUACUGUUAUUGACACUGAUGUUACGUUUUCCCCUGGGUCUGUACAAGAAGGUGACACUCUUUGUACUACUCCAAGCACACCACUUGGACUGUUCACGCAAGAAACACCAUCCUCGGCAGUGACCAGGCGUAAAACAAGGUUAGGGACACGCAACUCUAAAAAUGCCCCAAAGACCCCCAAAAGUCUUCAAUCUAAUGCCAAAAUCAAAACAACUAAAGCCAAAACAACAAGAGGUCGUCCCUCCAAGUCUUUGCUACCUCCAUCUCCCUCCAUUGACCGCUUAGUCGAAGUGAUAUCUACACUGACAAUAAAGAUUGAGGACUUAUCAACCACAACAGCACGCCUUCAAGACAAAAUUGAUAUUAUGGAAACCAACCUCAAUGCAAUUCAGGUUACCAAUACUGACCUCGUAUCACAACUAGCUGCGAAAACCUCCAAAUGCAAGGAUCUUGAUGAGGAAUGCAUCUACUUGCAUAAACAGUUAACCAAUAGGAAAUCUGCCAUUGACAAUCCAUCUAAGACCCUAGUAAUUGGAAGUUCGAUAAUUCGUGACUUUGACCAUACCAAAAUACGUAACACUGAUGUCACCUGUAUCAGAGGGGGUAAAAUCAAAGAUGUCCAUAAAGAGAUAACAGAACUCGGGAAAACCACAGGACCAAAGCCCUACAAUCGUCUUAUUCUUCAGAUUGCCAGCAACGAUUCCUCCCAAAAUGACGCCAGUGCUGAAUCAAUUGUCAAAGACUAUAAGCUAAUGGCAACUGGGGCAAAAAACAUUUCUGAUGAAAUUCAUGUGUCAAGCAUCACCCCUCGUACAGAUAACAAACAGGCCCAAGAAGUCAUCGAAGCUGUUAAUGCUGAAAUGCAAGUAAUGUUCGACAAUGAUAACCAAUUUACAUAUAUAAACAAUGACACAAUAUUUCGUCUCCAGGAUGGCUCUAUAAAUGACGGUUACCUUGAUUCAUGGGGACUGCAUCUAACAAAGGCUGGCUCAAAUAAACUUGCUCAUAAUAUGAAACUAGAUACAAUCUCUGAUGACAUCACUAAGCCACGCCAAUUUAACCGCCCCCGUCCAUCCCCUAACAACCACAAUAAUAGACCCCAAGCCCCUCAAAAUGUGAUGGGUAUCUCCUCAUCGAAUGACACUGAUGGAUGGCAAACAGUAUGUCAUAAAAAACACAACAAUAACAGUUCAUGUGACAAUAGUAGAAGUACCUAUCAGUCAUCUCAUUCCAAUGCACCGAACAAAAAGGGGAAUAAGCCAGCAUGUUUUAAAUGUGGUGAAAGUUCCCACUUGGCAAGCUCUUGCUGGCAUCCCCAUUCUGUAAGGUGCUACCUGUGUAAUUCUUUAGGACAUAAACAAACCAAAUGCCCUGAGUUCAAUGUUGCUAAUUCUAACUAGAUUCUUGGCUAUGAUAUAGCCUUACCCCCAUUCCAUACUAAAUGUCAGCCAAAAUGCAAUGUGGUAAACAAAUGUCAUAAAAAACAUAGGCGAGGUGGUCAUACGGUUAAAAAAUCUAAUAUAGCAGCUGUUAAAUUUGGCUAUAACAAUGUCCAAAGGCUUGGAAUAGCCAAACAAGCAGAACUUAAUAAACUUCUCACAGAUAACCAUUAUGACCUCUUUGCCCUAGCAGAAACGUUUUUUAAUGAUUCCAAUUCACUAAUACACUUGGAUAAUGAGUAUGUCUGGCGAGAAAAGAAUAGAAAAGGCAAACUCGGUGGUGGGUUAGGGUUUUUUAUUCACAA